CAGCCCGGUGUGACAGGAAACAGGGAGAGACGGGCACAGCUUUUCCACUCUGCAGAAUUAGUCACCGACUUCACCCAGGCAACUUUACUCUAAGGAGCAUUUGCCUGUCUGUGAUAAAUCCCCCGGCCAGAGAUUUGGCUGCAUCCAAGACCCCAGCACCGAUCUACUGGUUCCCCAUCACCAUGGAGGCUUCUCUUGUUGUCUGCAUCCUCGCUGCUCUCCUGGCUACGGGGACCUGUCUGCAGUGUGAGGUUUGCUCUGGAGUAGGAAACAACUGCACGGGCAGUAUGCAGACCUGCGCCGCUGGGCAAGACUCUUGUGCCAUCUUCCUUACUGAAGUCAUAGUGGUGGGAAUUAAGAGACAGAGUGUUCACAAGGGCUGCGUGACGUCCAGCCAAUGUAAAGCCGACCUCGUCUCUAUGAAUUUUGGGAGUGAAAUGACAACAAGGACGAGCGUCACCUGCUGCGUGGGAGAUGCCUGCAGAACUGACAACGUUACGUUGCCCCCGGCUAACACCAAACCCAACGGCCGGAGCUGCCGUGGCUGCUACAUGAUGAACACUGAUCAUUGCAAUGAACAAACAAUAGCGUGUACUGGAAACGAGACCCAAUGUAUUAACAACACCGGGACCAUAACGAUUGGUGGAAAGCCAACGGAGAUGGUCAUGAAGGGCUGCGUUUCUGCAUCCGUGUGCUCCCACUUAAAAGUGGGUUCGUCGGACUUCACAGGGAUCAGCUUCAAUCUAACCAGGAACAAAUGCACAGAGGCUUCCGGUGCGGCAGGCAUUGCUCCGGGACAAGCCGGGCUCCUCCUCACAGCCCUCGCUGGGCUCCUCUUGCUGAAGCUACUCUCCUGAUUCCACAGCUGGUGCAACGUUGACACUGCAGUGAAAUACACCCUGCAGCCUGCCUUAGCCCCUCUCCCCCCCGAGGGGUUCUCGGCUCCUGGAUGGACUCACAUCCCCUUGAUGUUGCUGCACUGAAUAAAACACACUGGAGACCAAACUCUG